UGCAGUACCAGAGCCCAGUGAAGAGAGGCUGGUGGGUGGACAGACAGACGGACGCAGCCUGGAAAGCUGAGACCUCCGCCCCCAAUCCGCGCCAGCGCCGCCACAACCCGCCCCCAGGCCGCCCGUCCAGCCAGCCCUCGCCAGGGUGCCUGCCGUGCCCGGCCCCAGACCGCCAGCUGCUCGGCGCCUCGGGAUCGCCAUGCGCUCCGCCGCUGUCCUGGCGCUUCUGUUGUGCGCCGGGCAAGUCAUUGCCCUUCCUGUGAACAGCCCUGUGAAUAAAGGAGACACUGAGGUGAUGAAGUGCAUCGUGGAGGUCAUCUCUGACACGCUUUCCAAGCCCAGCCCCAUGCCUGUCAGCCAGGAGUGUUUUGAGACACUCCGAGGAGAUGAGCGGAUCCUCUCAAUCCUGCGACAUCAGAAUUUGCUGAAAGAGCUCCAAGACCUUGCUCUCCAAGGUGCCAAGGAGAGGGCACAUCAGAAGAAACACAGCAGUUUUGAGGAUGGACUCUCAGACGCUCUUGAGAAGCAGAAUGACCAGGCGGAGCUGAAAGAGGUGACGGGCGAGGCGUCCCCCAAGGAUGCUGCGGAGAAAAGAGAGGAUUCUAAAGACACAGAGAAGGGUGGAGACACAGAUGGAGCCAGGCCCCAGGCCUCCCCGGAGCCUGGCCAGGGGUCCAAGGUCGAGGAGGACAGCCAGGCCCCGGGGGAGCAGGAGGUCGCCAACACCGACCCCCCAGACAACCUUCCCAGCCAGAAACACCCAGGCCCACAGGCCGAGGAGGACAGCAAGAGCCUCCCCCAGGGCCUGGUGGACAGAGAGAAGGGCGUGGGUGCGGAGCGAGGGCAGCAGGCCAAGCGAGAAGAGGAGGAGGAAGAGGAGGAGGCCACAGAGGCUGGAGAGAAGGCUGUCCUUGAAGAAGAAAGCCCCACCGAGGCAUUUAACCCCCACCCAAGCCUUGGUUACAAGGAGAUCCAGAGGGGUGAGAUUCCUCCAGGUUGGUCCGAGGCUCUGGCUGUGGAUGGAGCCGGGAAGACUGGGGCUGAGGAGGCUCAGCCCCCCGAGGGGAAGGGCGAGCGGGAGCACUCCCGGCAGGAGGAGGAGGAGAUAGCCGAGGCCCCUCAAGGCCCCUUCCGGGGCGGGAAGAACAGGGAGCUAGAGCCGGAACAGGAGGAGGAACAGCUCUCCAAGGAGUGGGAGGAGGCCAAGCGAUGGAGCAGGAUGGACCAGCUGGCCAAGGAGCUGAUGGCCAAGAAGCGGCUGGAGGGGGAGGACGAGGAGGAUGACCCUGACCGCUCCAUGAAGCUCUCCUUCCGGGCCCGGGCCUACGACUUCAGGGGCCCUGGGCUGCAGCUGCGCCGAGGCUGGAGGCCGUCCUCCCAGGAGGACAGCGUGGAGGCGGGCCUGCCCCUCCAGGUGCGCGGCUACCCCGAGGAGAAGAAGGAGGAGGAGGGCAGCGCCAACCGCAGACCAGAGGACCAGGAGCUGGAGAGCCUGUCGGCCAUCGAGGCGGAGCUGGAGAAGGUGGCCCACCAGCUGCAGGCGCUGCGGCGGGGCUGACACGCCGGCCGGCCCCCUCAGCCAGGGCCCCGAGGCAGCCAGUGGUCCUGGCUCUGUUGUCCCCUUUGCAGGCCCUGGCCAGACGGCCCGGGCGCUGCUUCUGAGAGGCUGCUCCCAGCCUGCCCAAGCCCAGGCCACCCUGUCGCCCCCUUGCUCCUUUCCUCCUGCUCUUGACUCCUGCCCUCGUGCGCCCCUCUGCAGGGCGGACCACCCCCCAGACUUUAAAUGGUAAUCUUUUUUCUCUGGACACAGGCAGCUUUCUAGAAGUUUCCUUCCCACCAUCAGAGCCAUUGGGCACAACUGCAAUAACUUCUGACCUUUUGGUGAAAGCUGAGAACUCCUGACUGUAAUAUAUUCUGUACAAAAUUUAUCUAAGGAAAAAUAAAUCUGCUCUGGGCUUUCUGGUUUC